UAUACACAUAACGGAGUCGAGAGAUGGCAACCUUGCAUCUAACGCUUGUUUCUUCUUCCACUUUCCGACCAACAUUGGUUCGCUGCACCAACGAGCGCCAGGCGCUGUUUAGCCGCAUUGCUCCUGUCUAUGAUAACCUGAAUGAUUUGUUGAGCCUGGGUCAGCACCGGAUUUGGAAGCGAAUGGCAGUAUCAUGGACUGGAGCAAAAGUGGGAGACCGUGUGUUGGAUGCGUGCUGUGGAAGUGGGGAUUUAGCUUUUCUCUUGUCUGAGAAAGUUGGCUCCAAUGGCAAGGUGACUGGUCUUGAUUUCUCGAAGGAGCAGCUAUUGAUUGCCUCAUCUCGGCAGUGCUCGCUUUCAAAGAAAUGCUUCACGAAUAUUGAGUGGGUUGAAGGUGAUGCCCUUGAGUUGCCGUUUGCUGAUGGUUGGUUUGAUGCUAUCACUAUGGGCUAUGGUCUUCGAAAUGUGGUUGAUAAGCAUAAAGCCAUGCAGGAAAUUUUACGAGUCCUAAAACCUGGCUCUAGAGUGUCUAUCCUUGACUUUAAUAAAAGCAAUGAGUGGCUAACUUUUUCAAUCACGGAAUGGAUGAUUGACAACGUUGUUGUUCCUGUGGCCUCUGGUUAUGGCCUUUCAGAGGAGUACAGAUAUCUCAAGAGUUCAAUAAGAGAAUUUUUAACAGGAAAGGAAUUGGAGAAACUUGCUUUAGAAGUAGGAUUUUCUACUGCCCGACAUUAUGAGAUCAGUGGAGGCCUCAUGGGGUGCUUGGUAGCUAAACGUUAGAUGGGAUUUAUGAGUUGUCUUUGUCUACAUUAGAUUUUGCUCCCCGUGGUGUGGACAGUGUUCAGGUUGUGAAAACCCAAAUUCUGUUGUUAAUCCAAGUAUAUUACUAUUAAGUCAACUGUAGCUCUUCUGCCUAGCAUUCUGUUGUUAAUUCUAUUUGCAAAGAUAAAUGUUCCAAGGAAAUGCUCCAGUCAUGUUUUCAUA